CUUCAGCGUCGUUUUUCAGGGCGUGUCAGGAGUCAGCUUGUAAAUAAAACUGAAGCUUCAAACAGAAGUCUACACCUUCUUACUAGAGGACCAUCAGGAAAGUCUCUGUCUACACAAUGGCAUCUCCAACCCCUCUGUCCAAGGCCAACACCACCUUCUCUCUGGCUUUGCUCAAAAAGUUUGGAGAUGACGACAAGACGGCAAACAUCUUCUACUCCCCUUUCAGCAUCUCUUCAGCCCUGGCUAUGGUGAUGCUGGGGGCCAGAGGAAACACAGCCACACAGAUGUCAGAGUGCCUGAAAACCAAGGAUUGUCAGGAUGACGUCCAUGUUAGCUUUGCCCAACUGCUGAGCGAGCUCAACAAGGCUGAUGCUCCGUAUGCCCUCAGUGUUGCCAACAGGCUGUACGGGGAGCAGUCCUACCAGUUUGUUGAGGAUUUCUUAGGAAAAACCAAGAAGUACUACAACGCAGAGCUGGAGACUGUUGACUUCAAAGCUGACUCAGAGGCCGCCAGGCUCAACAUCAACAGCUGGGUGCAGAAGCAGACUCAAGAUAAAAUUAAGGAUCUGUUGGCCGACGAUGACGUGGACAGCCUGAGCAGGCUGGUGCUGGUUAAUGCCAUGUACUUCAAAAGCGCCUGGAACGAGCAGUUUCAUCAGCGUUACACACGGGAUGCUCAGUUUAGACUCAACAAGAAUGACACCAAGCCGGUGAAGAUGAUGCACCAGAAAUCAAGGUUCCCUUUCUUCAACAAGCCUAAAGCCAACUGCAAGAAUGACACCAAGCCGGUGAAGAUGAUGCACCAGCAAUCAUGGUUCCCUUUCUUCAACAACCCUAAAGCCAACUGCAAGAUCCUAGAGAUGCCUUACAAAGAGAAGGAGCUCAGCAUGCUCAUCUUUUUACCCAAUGAGAUGGAGGACAGUACAACAGGUCUGGAGAAGCUGGAGAAGCAGCUGACCUAUGAGAACUUUAUGGAGUGGACUCAUCCAGACACGAUGGCUAAUGUUGAGGUCGAGGUGGGGCUGCCUCGGUUCAAGAUGGAGGAGACGUAUGACAUGAAGGAAGUCCUGGUCAGCAUGGGCAUGGUGGAUGCCUUUGACGGAGAAAAGAGUGACUUCUCUGGCAUGUCUCCUGCCAACGACCUGGUACUGUCAAAAGUCGUCCACAAGGCUUUUGUGGAGGUCAACGAGGAGGGAACUGAGGCUGCUGCUGUCACUGCUGCUAUCAUGAUGAUGGGCUGUUGUGUCUCGCCCCUGCCCUGUCCACCCGUCAUGUUCAUUGCAGACCAUCCCUUCCUCUUCUUCAUCCGACAUAACUCCUCCAUGAGCAUUCUCUUUGCUGGCCGAUACUGCUCCCCUGAGUGAGCACUACAUCAGUAGUGUUUCUCAACUGGAGGGGGCGUUAGAAUACAUCUAGUAUUGGAACAGUGUACCAUUUUAUUUGGUAUAACUUGAAAAAUGUUAAGAAUUACCACUCUAGAGUUUCCUAAAGCUAAUCACAGCCUGAGUUCCCAUCACCAGAAUGAUGAGUAAAAACUGCGGUGUUGAAUGUUCUUAACUGUGACUACUUGUUUGCAUCACUUCUUAUAUGAGGGAGGGAAUGAUUCCGUGUUCAUCCUUAACAUUAUGUUCUUGCACUGUUCUUUGUAUCUUUUGCCUUAAUCUCAAUCUCAUCCUUAGGAUCUUGUUUACUUUCUGUCCUUGGUAAUUAUUGGAAUUGUAAUCAACAAAGUGCAGUUAUUUGUUAUUGUACCACUAUGCAUG